AUUAUUGCAGUUGGUGUGUAAAAGGAAGACGUGUAACAAAUCAAACAAACAACAGAAAAAGGUGUAUCGUUGCAGAUAACACCAAAUGCAACUAAGCAACAACUAAAUGAAAAUUGAAACGUAUUGGAAAUGAAGAUUAACCAAUAGUAAAUGCCUUCUAAAUGAAACAAACUUCCUUACAGAAUAUAUCAGUAAUUACACGAGUGCUGUUUUUACAUAUCAAAACCUUUCCAGUAUCUGAAAUAAGAAAACGGUAACCAAAUAACAAUAACAAAAAUAUUGUAAUAAUAACCAUUGAAAACCACUAGCAUCAACACCCAGCAGCAUCAAUAAUAACACAAUUCAUAAAUUUAACGGCACUAGUUAACAUAAGGGAGCUAAGAUAUCAUACACAAUGAAACACAGAGCAAUUGUAAUCUGCCAACGGAGAUGGAUGCUCCUUUGUACAUUCUUCACGUUAUGUAAUAUAGCAUUGAUUGGAAAAACAGAGGCAUAUACGAAAUACCGCUGUCAUUUUCCAAAGUUUCUAGAGGUUCCAGAAGGCUGGUCGGUUCAAUACACUGAUGGCAGUCAUAAAGCAAUCAUUGAAAAAGGAAAACUUGAUGCGAAAUCAUGUGUCGCUCAGUGCCAAGAAUUCGUCAGAUACUGCCAAGAAGAGAAAGAAAACGGAAAAUAUGUCGUCUCACAUGAGGAAAAAGAUGAUCCACGCGCCAAAUACCUUUGCAUGCAGUUUAUUAAAAGGAGUAAUGCCGUAAUGCAGAUACGAAUGUCACCACUGAGCUCUUCCGACGACGGAAUAUGCAAUGACACCCGUUUGAUGAUGGAUGACUGGCCUCUCCUAUCCGUCCAUUUAUUUCAUACAACAGAAGUUAAAUGCCCUUUUGAAGGAGGCUAUGAUUUUGAUAUAAAAUUACCUUCAGGUGAAAAAGUGUGUACAAGUAAAAUGUUACCAUUUCGGUUUGAAAGUUAUUGUGUUGACGAAGAAGGUCUAUUACUUAGAAUUCGUGAUAAGACAUGUACAGAUUACAUAGGAAAUUUAAAGGAGGAGAACAGACUCCGUUGUUUGGCAACAUGGAAACAUGGUAAAGAUACGUAUGUGAUUGUACGAGAAACUGAUGUUGUGCGCUAUUGGUGUAUGCGCAUCAUAUACGACGAUAACGGUAUGAUUAGCAGAAUUUAUUUCUUCUUAGAUAUGAUAUGUGAUACGAAAACUAUAUUCCCUACAAGUCGAAAAUAUCUUGUUUUUGAAAUGUAUCAUCGGGUAAUCCGAAGCAUAUGCAGUGAUGAAUUUGAAACAUGUAGCAGUCAUAAUAUGUGUAAUUCGGAACACAGGUCGCACUGCCUGGAAUCUUGUGGUGAUUGCCAAAUUAAAGCCUUUAGUAAAUUUCGUGGUCUUCAAGCCUGUACCUUCCCAAAGGUUAUGCAUGGUACUUGGGUGAGGCAUGUCAACCAAGGAACGAGCAAAAUCACAAUAAGUAAUAACACAGUCAACAUUAAUACUGAAACAAAUUGGCAUUGUAUUGAUGCAGGAGAAGGUAACUAUUCUCGAAGACGAGUUCUAAUGAAAACAUUUGAUAACGGUUGCUAUCCACGUUUUAUGUGUAUCGAACUUCAUGAAGCAGCUCCUUCAGUUAUGCGAUACCGAGUAGGAAAAAUUGUUCUUUGGCCUCUGAACAUUAGUCAUUUACUUCAAGAACAUGUCUGUAAUGAUAAUCUUUUUGCACAUAAUAGUCCCACAUUACCUUCUCAAAGAAUCACUCCUUUGCAGAAUUUAGUCCGCUCUUAUGAUAAAAGAACCGUUUCUUGUAAUCUACCGCCUGGACUGGGAACAUGGAUAGCCUUCCGCGACGAGAAAGCGCGACGUGGCUGCCUCUUAAAUGACAUUCAUUUUGUACCGCACCAUAUGUUUUUGGUGAUGGAGAACGAAGAGGGGAAGCACAUAACACAUGCUGAGUACUUUUGCCUUGCGUCUAUGAAAUUCAUAAAUGAAUAUGACACAAUAAUUACGCAAACAAAAGAUCAAAGUAAUGAAUAUUUGUGUUGGAUGAUCAUUGGUAACAAGGAAUUCAUUAUGCUUCCUGCAUCUCUCUGUAACAGAGUUCACGCUGAGGCAGUCUUGAGAAGAGUUGAGAAGCCCUUAGCAAGACUAAGUCUCAUAAAUAACAGUGAAUGCAAACGUGCAGACGAGGAAUGGCGUCAAAGAGUUAUAGAAGAAAGAAACAAACAUGAUAAUGUAGAGGUGUCUAAAUCCAUUGCUACGAAUACCCGAGGAUGCCUAGCGUUAAUUGCAUUUUUUAUGACAUAUCUGACGUUACACUGAUGAAUGUAAUAGUGUUCGCAUAUAAUAUCUCAAGGGAAAUUUCUUCGCCGAUGGAAAUAUUCGGCUUUAAGCAUCUAACAAGAACAGUCUUACUAUGGAAAUCCUAUUGAAGUACUAAAGGAAACAAAUUGACAUUUGAAUCUAUCCGAAACAAAUUUCAUUCUCAAUUUACAUCAAGCUCAUUUACCUUGAUGCAUUGGAAUUUACUUUGCAUUGAAAUACAAAAUUAUAAACGUUAUGUUUAAAUAACAAGAAUGUUGAAAAAAAUGCAUAUAUAUACAUAUGAAUAUGUUCACAUAUAUGCAUGUAUGUGUAU